CGUAGCGUAUCGCUGAUGCCUAGCAACAUUGGUUCCUCCCUUUCGUUUUUUUUCGGGUAUCCUACCGGCCUCACACGUGCGGCCUGCAGCAUGGCGAACAGACUGCUGCAGAUCAGCGAACGUGCAGUCAAGUUGGCACCCAUAGUAGCACGGGCCCAACCAGCAGCUGCAUACCAUGGCCGUGCCCUUAUUGGCAAGCGAGAAGUGGUUGGCUUUGGCAUGAACGGCGAGUAUAGCUACCUUGACAACCCUGACUUCCCUAUGCCCGCCAUCCGUUACAAGGAGCCCUCUCCAGAGAUUGAAAAAUUGCGUGAGAAGGAGAAGGGUGAUUGGAAAAAUCUCAGCCUGGAGGAGAAGAAAGCAUUGUAUCGAUACAGCUUUUUCCAGACUUAUGCUGAAAUGAAUGCAUCUCGAAAUGAAUGGAAGCCCAUUCUGGGGAAUGUGUGCUUGCUCUUGGGUUGCACCCUCUGGGUAUGGAUUUUCCUCAAGAAGUUCGUUUUUGGGCCAUUGCCACAAUCGACCACCCUGGAAGCCAGACAAGCUCAGCUGCAGAGGAUGAUUGACCUUAGGGUCAAUCCCGUUGAGGGCAUUGCCUCGAAGUGGGACUAUGAAAACAACAGGUGGAAGUGAAGACUUCUUCAGUGCACCACACAAAGGCACCAGAAGUAUAUGGCCACCACUCAUCGUAGGCUCCAAAUGCAGUGGAAACCAUGCAGCGCUGACAUGAAUUUAUGACAAAGUGCUGCAAAACACGCAUAUUUGCGCACAUGAGCUGAGUAGCAUCAUACUGAGACGAGCUGAUAUUAACUGCUGGGCUUCGCAAACUGCGCUUACUGCUGAGUUUUGUGUAGUGGGUUCUUGCUUUUUGGGCCAUGUCGCCACUUCCCGCUUGUGUGUGCACUGUACAAAGUGAAGAGUGGUUUAUUUGAUAUCGCUCUGGCCAGAACUGAACUAUACUGAACUUGAGAGACAAAAAUCAGCAUUGUCUCAGCACCGGGGUCUCGCAGGAUCUCUAGCAACCGGGAAAAGUCGAGGAAAUUGUUAGUACCUGAAAAAGUAGUGUAAUUUUCAGGGAAUAUUUAAUUUAGUAAGUAAAGUCAUGGAAAAUGACUAAUUAAACUGCCCAAGUUGCAAAUUCAAGUAGUUUGGUUCCCCGCAAUGUUAGUAGACUUUUUGCAGUAGUGUAAGUCAACCGUUCUGUAUAAUAAUUGUUCUCAGUCACCAUAAUAAAGUAAUAGACCUGGAAA